ACAGACAGAGACAGAGAGAGAGAGACAGAGAGAAAGAGAGAGAGAGAGAGAGACAGAGAGAGACAGAGAGAGAGAAAGAGACAGAGAGAGAGACAGAGAGAGAGAGACAGAGAGAGAUUCCGUGACCGGAACGCUGCUCUGCUGCACGCGGACUUCGGCAUUUUUCAUCAUCCGCUGCUGCCGUGACUCGCGCGGUUCUGUCUGUCUACCUGUCUCUCUGUCAGUCUGACUACCUGUCUGUCGGUAUCUUAACGUCAGUGUUGCUCCUCGCCGCUCCGGUGUGUUGAUACUUUGGCCGUUACCGGAUGGGAGGAUGAUUUGCGGACCUCAGUAAAGAUCUCGGAGUUGCAGCUGGAGGACGUGACCGGACCGGAGAGGGUCGGCAGUCCCGCCGGUCUGAGGAGCAGUUUAUCGGGACAGAAGCAGGGGAAGCUCUGCAGGUCGGUGGUGAUGUCAUCAUGAUGCUGCCAGUCUCAAGGUUCAAAGGUCAACCAGUUGGCAUGGUAACCACCACUGCACCCUGGUUGUCCAUGAGCAGUGACCCCGUCCCCCACUGGCAGUGGGUGGCCAGCUGGUCAGCAGCAAUGUACCAGGCCACACAUCCACUGGUCUUCUACCCCCCAACUGUGUGGAUACCUGAACACACACACCUGAUACAGUGGGAACAUCCAGUGGUUGAACUUGUUCCUGUUCUCCCUCAAUUCUAUCGCUCCUCACCUCUUCAUCCUCCUCAUCCUCUGCCCAAGCUAUCUGAAGCCUGGAUCGUACCAGAGGAAGUGGGCAUGUUUCAGAGGAGAGACAAACCCCUCCUCCUGACCAAUCAGCUUAUCCCAAGGCCAGGAGGACACAUCCCCCGGACUCACCUGCUGCUCUCUCCCUCUCGACGAGGUCGUGUUAGAAGAGACACAACAAAGCCCAGAGACACAGAGCCAGAAGACUUCUCCUCCUCUUCAUCCUCUUCCUCCCUCCCCCUGCACCACCUCUCUGUGUCUCCUCUCCACCUGCUUCACCGUACUGCUCCUCCUCCAGCAGGUGGAGCUUACUGGGAAUGUGCAGGACUUCAAAUACAGAGAAGCAAGGAAGCAUGGCCUCUUGUUCUGAACAAUCAACAGCACAGACGGGCAUGGCUACAACCAGUCAUCGGCCUGGAGAGAAAAAUGUUUCCAUCCACAAAGCAGUGUAUAUUUGGACCUGUUUCUGCCUCUCCACUCUGCAUUGACAAGUGGCCUGUCUUACCUGUCCAGGUGAUGAAGGAAGUUCAUCCCUCCUUCUUCUCUUCACGGUUUUCUUCCAGAUUCACUCUACUGACCGACUACAGACACAAGAAGCAAGGGAUGAGUGGAGGAAAAGUCUCUUAUGAAGGAGCUUUACUGCUGAGGACAGGGAGAAUGGACGACAACAAACAGUAUGUUGGUGUGUCUGCAGACAGAGGAGAGGAGGAAGACGAGGAAGAUGAGGAGGAGGGAAGUGUAAGGAAAGACAAACGUCCUGUCGCUUCCACUCCAGUCCCAGGGUCGCCAUGGUGUGUGGUCUGGACUGGAGACGACCGGGUCUUCUUCUUUAAUCCUACAAUGCACCUCUCGGUCUGGGAGAGACCAGGAGAGCUGAUUGGUCGAGACAUCAGCCGCAUCAUCGAGGACCCACCCCACAAGAGGAAGAGGACAACACCUGCUGACAGCAGCUCUGGCUGUCAAUCAUCUGGUCGCCACGGUAACAAUGAAGAUGAUGAACAUGAACACAACUUCAAAAGGAACAGAAUAGAGGAACCAAUGUCUCUCGUCCCUCAUCCAGGAGAAGUUAAACUCCUCCCACUGGAGCUUCGUGUGGCUCAUUUUAGAGAAAUGAUGCUUGAAAGAGGGGUGUCGGCAUUCUCCACCUGGGAGAAGGAACUCCAUAAGAUGGUGUUUGACCCUCGAUACCUGCUGCUGACCUCAGAUCAGAGGAAACAGGUGUUUGAUAAGUUUGUGAAGAGCAGGGUGAAGGACGAGUACAAAGAGAAGAAGAGUAAACUGCAGAAAGCCAGAGAAGAUUUCAAACAGUUGCUGGAGGAGGCAAAGAUCACCAGCAGAUCAACCUUUAAGGAGUUCUGUGCUCGUUACCGUGGCGAUCAGCGGUUCAACGCCCUUAACAGGAAGAAGGAACAGGAAGUUCUCUUUGAGCAUUACAUCACUUCCUUAAAGAAACGGGACAAAGAGAACCGAGCCAGACUGAGGAAGAUGAGAUGAGAACACUGUUCUACCGUCCAGAACCAUCUAGAACCCUUGUAGAACUCAUCCAAGACCUUCCAGAACCUUCAAAAGAGCCUUCCAGGAACUUCUGUUCCACCACACCGAGCAGAUCCUCUACUGUGGACCGGAACCACAGAGACCAGAUGGGACCAGAGGAUCUAUGUGGUUCUCACUUGUUGUUUGUGGUUUUAUAGAUUAUCCAGGAUAGGAAGAGGACCAGCAGCAUCAGACUGGAUUCUGGAUUCUGGACUGUAGUGGAUUGAUGUCAUCUUGACCUGCUGAACUGAAUCUAGACUGACUAAACUGAGCCAAGUCAGACUGGACUAAACUGGACUUCAAAAAGAAUCAGAGCACAAAAAAGAUGUCUGUCUGUCUGUCUGUCUGUCUGUCUGUCUGUCCCUUGUGCCUGGCUGGACCAACCAACCAACCAACCAACCAAUCAAUCAUGGUAAAGCAGUUUCGUACAGGUCAAUGCUGAUGAUAAAAUAGUCCAAACUAAAAUAAUCUGAGACAAGAAAUAAAAAUGACUAUAUAUAUUUGAAUUCAUCCUGUACCACAAAUAACUUUAUUAUAUCACACUAAAGGUCAGUAUUCUUGUAGGAAAUAAAAUCAACCCUCUGACCCCCCUUACUGCCCUCUAUACCACCUAGAGCGGGGGUCCGUCCAAGGUUUCCGCCUCUUAAAAGGAAGUUUUUCCUUGCCGCUGUCACCAAGGUCUUGGUCAUGGUGGGUACUGUUGGGUCUCUGUAAAUAAUGUUAUAAAGAGUUCAGUCUAGACCUGCUCUAUUUGAAAAGUGUCCUGAGAUAACUUCUGUUAUGAAUUGAUGCUAUACAAAUAAAACUGAAUUGAAUUAGUACUGUAACUGUUACUAUGAUGACCCAAAAAUAAUACACCUACUUUUAAAUUCAAACAGCAGGGAGGGAGUAAAAACAAAACUAACAGCUACAUGUAAAUCCUCCUUAAAAAAUAAUUGCAUCAUAAACAAGACAAAAAACUUAAUUCCAGUAUUCUAUUGUAUAUUGGUCCUCCGGCCCAGCAUGGUGGGGAUUUACAUCUCCAUGACAACAGGGCUACCUGCUGGAAGGUGUGUCUUUACAGGCAGAGAGAGCCAUGGUGGUCGAGACCGCAGUGAAUCAGAUAAAAUAAAACAUUUCUGAUUGUUUCACAGCGGUUAAGUUCUAAAGCACAAAUAACGGCCACCUUGUUCCUGCAGUAUGUAGAGUCAUUUUUAUUGAAGAAAAGCUGCUAACAAAUUCCUUCUUUACAAUAAAAGUCCCUGGUUACUUUGUUAUUUAAACGCUUUUAUUAUGAAGCAGCAAAAUCAGGAAGUGUUGGGUUUUCAUCAGCAGUAAUUUAACACAACCCAGAUAUCUGAAAACACAAACAGGAGAAACUUCAACCCACAGAGGUUCAGUUAGAAGAUACACAAGAACUGAGAGCUGACAACAAUGUUUGUCUGCUUUCUGUACAGACAACAGUUUAGUAACACGCAUGUUUGAGGGGCAGAAGUGGGGUCACGUGGUUGUCCAUGGUAGGCGAAACAUCACUGCAGCCUGCUUGGAGGCGGGUUGGGUGCACUUUACCCCAGGGUAGGCCCAUCUCGGGUGUGACAAUCAAUAAAUUAGCACAGCAUGGUUUGACUCGGUGCAGCCAAAAGCACUAAUGGUAAUCCCCUAUUAGUGACCGGAGGGGGCCAUGGGUCCAUGGGGCAUAUUCACAUUAUCAGCCACUCAAUAUAUGAUCUAUCAGCCACAUUUUACCACAUUUCACCAGCUGGUGAAAAAUACAUAUUCUAAAUCAUACAAAAUACAACUAUUCAAAGUUGUCUUUCCCUCCCAUACUUGCAAUAGUAAAAGUUAAAUUCAAAUUGCUCCCCAAUGCUUAAAAUAUCAUUUGUGUUUCAUUUGGUUUUGGGAAGGGGGGGGGCCCUUCCCAAAACCAAAUGAAACCACAUAAUGAAAUGUAAUAAAACCAUCACACAGGUUGAUGUUCUAAACGCACUGUUCACAUUCUAAAUAUUACAUUAGCCAUGAGCCUCAGCUGCUGUUGCUGUAGUCAGUCAAAGGUUUAUAUAAAUUGUGUAAUUGAGCUUUAGGUUGUCAGUCGACAACGACUGAAGCUCUGUGAUGGCUGUUAGUGAAAUGCAAAGACAAUAUUAUCUGACACAGGUAAUGAUUUUGUGUUACCUGUUGAUGGUCCUCAGAGGAGGACCUUGGACCAGCCAGGACAGGGACGACUCCACAUCUGUAAACCACAUCAAUACAAACUGAACCCAAUUCGCCUCCUUCCUGUCUCACAAGUUUUUAUAUAGACAUAUUGUUAUGAUGUAAGCCCUGCCCCCUCCACUGUCAGCACCAUGCUGAGCUGUGAUUGGAAGAUUUCCUGUCUUAAUAUCCUGAUUGGAUGUUUUCUAGUGUCCUGACUUCUCAUUCAACAGUGUCUGUGUGAUGAUCUUUGUGUUUUGACAUUUCAUUGGCUGUUGUUCAUGACUUGUUUUAAAUUAAAUUGUCCCUUAAACAUA